AAAUCAGAACGGGAAGAUACGAGGGGUGACGACCGUACAAGACAUUCUUUCCAAUACGUCAUAGAGGUACUCAUACUGUGGGGUAAAACCUCACCUUAUUGAAGAACGAAGCACUAAUGGGAAAAUCAAAGAAGAAGAAACAGCGAAGUGAUGCUCGGGGUUACGGCAACAGCAACAACAACAGCAAUCAAAAAUGCCAACAGCCAAGUAAACAUCCAUCAGCCGGCACUAGUUCAAACGAUAUCGUGGUGACGAAACAAACCCAUGAGGGGAUCAAAUCCCUCGUUGCUCAAAUUCGUUUGGCGGAUGAUGAUGUUGUCUGUGACAAUCGUGUGGUAGAAAUUGUUCCUGCUUCCGAUUCUGUCUCUACCAGUAUCCGAUUCGUUCCAAAAUUGACCAAGAUUAUUGAUCGAUUGAUUGAUCUCGGUUUCUACUACGACGACGGUGACGGGGCUGCUGAUGAUAUCAAAACAAAACCUGGAAAUCCAAAUAUCAAGAAAGCUCGAUCUUCAUACCUCGAACAAAUGGUUGUAGAGUUGGGCUACGGAAUCACUCUCGAGUCGGCGCUGGAUUGGUUGUGUUUGAAUGUUCCGACUCUAGAGUUGCCACCCCUUUUUACCGAUGGCAAUCUGCGAAAUCAUUGGAUGCAGCAAGAUGAGGAUGAGAAGAAGGGUGGAAGAAAUUCAACUUCAUCAAUUGAAGUUUUGAAAUUCAUCUCCUCAUCGUCGUCUCUUGCGAAACCAGUUCCAAUAGGAAAGGUGGAAGAAAAUUCGGGGACUGCACGGGAUGUGGAAAUAGAGAAAGAACAAGAAGAACUGCAGGAAGAGCGCCGAAAGGAACAACAAAAGCAAAGGCAGAUUGCCAAAGAGAAAGUCGAAAAAGAAGAGCGAGAAGCUGUGAAGAGGAGAUUACUGGAGCAAUAUGCGUACGAUGACGAUGCUUCGGAACAUAACAACUACGACGAAGAUCUAGGUAAUGGAUUUUGUCGUCGAGAGCAUCAAAAUCAGGAGGGCCAAGCCCAAUCUAACGAUGGAGGAAGCACAAAAGAUUGCGAUAAGGCGGCCUCGUUGUCUCCCCAGGAAGUUGAGUUAUUGACCAAACAGGCCGAGCUGCUUGAGCUGGAAGCCGAUUUGGGGUGCGAAGCCAACAAUUAUAUGCGAAGCAAGCAGGAGCUCAAAAGUCUCAAGAUUCAGGUGAAAAAAUUGAAACAGCAGGUGACAGGCCUUCAUCGAAAGGUAGAAAAUCAAAAACGAAAGGAGCAGCAAGAAAACAAGGAGGAAGAAGAACGAAUUCAAAAAGAGGCACGUGAAAAUGAGAAGGAGGAAGAAGAUUAUUGCAGUGAUAUUUUUGGCGGCGGAGGAUUUUUCGACCAGGACGAGAAAGAGGACGAAGAAGACGAACAAGAUCAGAUUGAAAUCACGGACAAAGGUCGGCGUUUGCAAUCCCUGUUAGAUUGUCCAAUUCCUAAGGGAUGGACUGGAACGACUCCAAAAAAGACACUAGAGGAAGUAUGCCGGAAACAGAAACUAGGAAAACCGAAAUUUCUCCGUUUAGGUGGUGAGGGAUAUAAGCUGUCGGGCAUCAAGCUUCAAAAGAUGAGGAAUAAGAAGGAACAGUCUCAAAAUGAAGCCAUUGUAAAAGAAGAAUGGAUUGCUCUGGAAUCCAACUUUUUGCCAGGAUCAAGUCUACCCGAUUAUUUGGCACUACAAGCAUUAUUUGAAAUCGAUUCAAACAAGCCUCUCUACGGAUUGUUUCCACCGGCUUUCCGAUCCAUCUGGUUGUCUUGGCUCGAGGAGAUUCAACAGCAAAGUGACCAACUUCAAAAUGAAGCAGACAUGAAAAAAAGUGCUCGGGUACGAAAACUUCUGGCGCUCAUCGAAACAAGACACAAACCUCAUCAUUCAUCUCAACACACCAGCACAAGUGAAAGUGCUAGUCCACAAAAUCAUGUUGCUACAUCAGAGAGAAAUCUGACCACGAAUGCUAAGGACUCAAACACGAAAGAUUUUAUCGAGGAGUCAUGGGAAGACAUGGAUCUUCUCGAUGACGAAGAUGAUGACCACAACAACAACCACGGCCAACACACAAUGAGCAAAAGCAUGGUUAUUACGACGACUGAAUCAGGUAAAAAUCUGAAGCGCAAAUUUCUUCAAAGACAGUCCUCUGAAUCGUAUCUGAAACUCUCAAAGCAACGAGAAAAUCUUCCAAUGAUAUCUUACCGAAAGGAAGUCUUGGAGACAAUUCGGGAUAAUCAAGUAACUAUUAUUUGUGCGGAAACAGUAAGUAGAGAAUGACAGGAUUGAUUGGAUUAUAUAUCCCCUCGAUCUGCACUUUUCGAUCUUUCAGCUCUCAACGAAACUUUGUGCUACCACGAACGUUCGAAACUUGUAACCGUUCACCAUCACUCGUUAUCAGGGAGCUGGAAAGACCACCCAGUGUCCUCAAUAUAUUUUGGAGGAAGCA